UACUCAGAGAAUCUUCUCUAUUAGUGUUUCUGAUGCCUCUAAUUUUUAUUUGGUUAAGUAAUCAAAGCAGAAUUUCUCGAUUCAUUCUUCAAUGAACUGAUGGCCACUUAUCCCGAUUUACAAUUAAUUUACCUAUUUUUUACUGUGAAUCACCUAUCAAAGUUUUUUUUUUUUUAAUUAUUGAUUUUGAACAGCUUAGAUCCCAUUAACUUGCAACUUGCAUUCGUCAACGGUGCCGCUCGCUCUCUCUUUCCUGACCUUUCUCAGUUUUUUUGCUGCAUGAUUCUAAUCCAAAUCGUUUCUUUAUAUUUUUAAUUUUUCUCGAAGUGGUUGUUAUUUUAUCCGAUCAUUUUUGUUUUACCAUACGGUAUAUGCAAAGUUGGUGUUGUUUACACUUGUAGCGGCCGUGUCUUUAUCUGACCCAUGCAUAUACCUUUUCUAUUUAAAAGUUAAAACUCUUAAUAUUUUAAAUGGGAAUAUGUACUCAACGCUGUGAUCAUCUAUAGCCUAGUCUUGCACGCUAACACCCAUUUCUCUUCGUAUCUUGCUGUUGCAGACUUCUGGGUCAUCGUUGAGCUUGUUGUGGGAAACUGUUGAGAGUUAAUGGCGGAACUGAUAGGCCCAAGGCUGUACAGCUGUUGUAAUUGUAGAAACCAAGUUUCACUCCAUGACGAUAUAAUUUCCAAGGCUUUUCAGGGAAGAAAUGGCAGAGCUUUUCUGUUCUCCCAUGCAAUGAAUAUUGUCGUGGGGCCAAAAGAAGACAGGCAUCUCUUGACUGGACUCCACACUGUUGCUGAUGUAUACUGUGGUGAUUGCCGUGAAGUUUUGGGUUGGAAGUAUGAAAGAGCUUAUGAAGCAUCACAGAAGUACAAGGAAGGGAAGUUCAUCCUUGAGAAGUCAAAAAUUGUGAAGGAGAACUGGUAGCACAGCAUUCCUUGAUGCAUCUUAAUCCAUUCAUCCCAGCCUUGAAGUAGAUUAUUUCAUGCUCCAUGAUGUUCGUCUUGUACAGGAAGUUCUCAGCCAUUCUAAAUUUGCCAUUGUUUCUCCAAUUUCUUUAUUUUCUGGUGUUGUGACUAGAAGUUGUAUGAUAUGAUGAAUUUGUUCCCUGUUAAUAAAAUUGUGUAUUUUUUAA